AUUGUUUUUGCGUAGUCCUAAGAAAAUGUCUUCUGCAAUUAUGCAUUUUCUUUUCCUGUUACUGCUUCUUCUUUUCAUCCUCUUUCUUCUCGCCCUUCUGAGGAGGAAGAAGAAAUCAAUCGUUAGAUGCGAACUCCCACCAAGUCCUCCAAAGCUUCCUAUAAUCGGCAAUCUGCACCAACUAGGGAAGUUGCCUCACCAAAACCUCUGGGAACUCUCCCAAGAAUAUGGCCCUGCUAUGCUGCUACAGCUAGGUAGUGUCCCCGCCUUGGUCGUCUCAUCUGCUGAUUUUGCAAAACAAGUCCUGAAAGAUCAUGACAUUAGCUUCUGCAGCCGACCAAGAUCACCCGGGCCAAAACGGAUUUUCUAUGGUUUCUUGGAUGUGGCUUUCACUCCAUACGGCGACCACUGGCGCAAAACGCGCAAAAUAUUCGUUCACCAUCUUUUGGGUCCGAGGAGGGCUGAGUCCUUCUCGAGUGCGAGGGCAGUAGAAAUCCGUCACUUAAUCAAUUAUCUUUCUGCAGCCUCACCGAAUCCAGUGAAUCUUGAUGACAAGAUUUUUGAUUUGGCUGAUGGAGUUCUUGGUGCUGUUGCAUUUGGUAAGAGCUAUAGAGGGAAACAAUUCGAGGGACAAGUGCUGAGAGAAGUUAUAGUCGAAGCUAUGCAUAUGAUAGACAGCUUCUCAGCAGAGGACUUCUUUCCAAAUUUCUUCGGUUGGACAAUAGACCUUUUAACUGGGCACAAAGCAAGGCUGGAUAAGUGCUUUCACAAACUUGAUGGCUACUUAGAAAUGGUGCUCAAUGAGCAUCUCGAUCGAGAAAAUACACGUAAAGGUGAUGAUGAUGACGACCUAGUUGAUGUCUUGCUUGGUUUGUCAAAUGAAGAAACUGGCCUUCCCCUAAGCAAGGAGCACAUCAAGGCUAUUUUCAUGAACGCAUUUCUAGGUGGAGUUGACACAAGUGCAAUAGUCAUAAUCUGGGCAAUGUCUGAGCUCAUUAGGAACCCUCAAACAAUGCAAAAAGCUCAAGCAGAAAUCAGAACAAAACUCGGAGCAAAGCCAACACUUGAGCCUGAUGAUCUUGGUAAGCUCACAUUCUUGAAAAUGAUAGUUAAAGAAACCCUACGGCUGCACCCGCCGGUACCCCUCUUACUCCCCCGUGAAACCCGGCGUACGUGUCAGAUACGUGCUGAAAACAACAACAUUUACAAUAUUUCCCCUCGGACGAGGGUUUUGGUCAAUGCUUGGGCAAUAGGGAGAGACCCCAACAAAUGGAAUAACCCUAGUGAGUUUUCGCCCGAACGGUUCAAGGGGAACGAGGUUGAUUUUCGGGGGCAACAUUUCGAGUUUGUGCCGUUUGGAGGAGGGAGGAGAAUAUGCCCUGGCAUAAGCAACUCCAUUGCAACAAUUGAGUUAACAUUGGCCAACCUUUUGUACUGGUUUGAUUGGGAAGUGGCAGAGGGUAUGAAAGUGGAGGAGAUUGGUAGCUUGGAAGAAGAGGGAGGAGUCACUACGCAUAAAAGAACAAAACUCACUCUUGUGCCUAUCAACUAUGCUUGGCCGUGAAAUGUCUUUUAUGGGCUUGGACUGUUGCAUUUUUGUAAUAAAUUUCUGGUGUGGAUUUAUUAUUUUCAUCUGAAAUUUGAAUUUAGUUUGAAAUAAUUUUUUAUU